AUGUCUGCCCAGAACGACAGCCGUUAUGACCCCUACAUCCCUUCGGGAAACGCUAGCUCCGAUCCUUCGGGCGGCGGUGCCAACUUUUCCAACUCCAAGACGGCUCGUAUUCACUCCGAGAUCGAUAACACCAUCUCGAUCAUGCGCGACAACAUCAACAAGGUCAACGAGCGUGGCGAGAAUCUCAACAGCCUUCAGGACAAGACUGACAACCUCGCCGUAUCCGCCCAGGGCUUCAGACGAGGCGCCAACCGAGUCCGCAAGCAGAUGUGGUGGAAGGACAUGAAGAUGCGAAUUAUCAUCGCAAUCGGCAUCGUCAUCCUUCUCUGCGUUAUCAUCAUUCCCAUUGUCGUCAAGCACUGA